AUGCUUGAACCACUAUCGGUGCCUGCUAGAUCGUGGGAAAGCAUUUCUCUCAAUUUCAUUUCAGGCCUUCCCAAGGUUGGUGAUCUUGAAGCUAUUUUAGUGGUGAUUGACUGUUUCUCUAAGUAUGCCACAUUCAUCCCCACUCACAAGUAUUAUCCUAUAGAUGCUAGUCGAAGAAAGCCAACCAGAGCCGCCAUCACCAUGAAACCACCCUCAAAGCAUCGAGUCGAAGAGAUCUUAGCCGACAAGGAAACUAAGACACUGAAUUAUGUAACGUGGGAGAGAUCCAAUCUGACGAUACAAUAUCUAUAUGUACAGAUAUCCACUGGCCAAGGGCUUCUGAGGGUUCGAGAAUUCACUCUGGCAGAGAUUGAUCAGCAGUUUGUUGAUCCUGAAGACAAAUCUCAUCCAAAAUACUCUGAAGUUGUGCACUUGGAAUUCCUGAUGUUUCCAAGGGAAGAGCAAAUAUCUGGCCAAUCUACAAAGAAAAUACGUCUUGGUCUGUUUCAAAGGUUGGGAAUUAUCAACAAUGAAACCCUUGCCUACUUUAUUGGCAGAGUUAAUCUCUUCCUAACUCACCUUAGUAUAGACAAAGACCAUUUACGGUUCAAGCAGCAUCUUCCGAAUGAAAUGGCCCAUUAUGCUGCAGACUGUUGGGAUGCUGAGAUCUAUUGUUGGAUUGAAUGUGUUGGUAUUGCAGAUAGGUCUGCUUAUGAUUUACAACUCACUCGGUUAGAUCUUGGCCUAUGUCUUCAUAUUAUCUUUCUUUUCUUGGUUAAGGACAAAGGUGGUGUCCCGCUUGUGGCUGCUGAGAAGUUUUCGGAACCUAGAGAAGUGGAGGCACUGAAUGAAAAAGAAGCUCUGGAAAUGAAGGCUGCUUUGGAAUCCAAAGGAGAGGUGGAAUUCUAUAUCUACACUCCUGGGAAAAAUGUGCCCAUUAAAAAGAACAUGGUCUCAAUUUUAAAGGAGAAAAAGAAAGAACACCAGAGAGUUUUUACGCUGUCUGUGAUUGAACCAUCCUUUGGAAUUGGGUGGAUGACUUAUUGCCUCUUUGAGCCCUCUUUCUACACAAGCCCAAGUAAAGCUGGGAAUGAGCAGUUGAAUGUUUUCCGGCUUCCUCCUCUUGUGGCACCGUUUAAAUGUACAUCUAUAGGUAAAAGGUAUGCAAGAACAGAGGAACUUGGUGUACCGCUUGCCAUAACUGUUGAUUCAACGAGAGACGUGACAAUCCGGCCGAGAGACAACAAGCUUCAAUUCCGUUUUUGUGUGGAAGAGGCAGCCUCUGUUGUUAAGUCUGUUACUGAUGGGCAGAUAACAUGGGAGGAUGUGUGGCAAAUUUUCCCCAUCAGUAUUGUGGGUCAGCAUAUGACCGAGUCUUAA